AUGAGCAGCGCUGGUGAUGAGGAGGUGGCGGCGGCGGAGCAGCAGCGCACGCUGAGCGUCGUGUCUACGGCGGUGUCUGUAGUGGCCGCGGUGUUUCUAGGCGGCGGCUUCUACUACGGCAUGACCAAGCAGCAGAAGGCGCUGGCCGAGGAGGAGAAGAACGCCGACAAGACGUCCACCAGCAAGAAGGAGUUCAAGCCCAAGCCGGCCACUCUGUUCGAGAAGAAACUGGCUCUGGACAAGCCUUUGCCGCCCAGCACUGCGGCCUGGAAGGCGCUCUUCGGUGUGACGCUCGUGUCGGUCACAGGCUGCUGUUUGCUGGUGGGCGGUGCUGCUGCUGCACUCGGAGUGACCAAUUUGAAGCAACUGGACUUUGAAGGACUGGGAGAGGUAAAGAGGGAAAUUCUCGACGUUAUUGCGGAUGAAGUGAAGGAGGAGGAGCUCCAUGGCAACAAGUGA